ACAAGCAGUGAUUGAGAAAUAGACGAAGAAGAAGAAGUGCGUAAAGAUGGUUGCGGCUCUGAAGAAGUCAAAUCUGGCUCGAAUGAGAAGCUGCUGGGUUUUAUUUCCAAUGUUUCAUUUGAGAAACAUCCGAGAACUGACAUGUUUGUUUGUUGCCGCGUGUGUGUUGACGAGCCCGUCUCUGGCGAACGAGCAGGAGUUUAUGGAGGAGUUUCUGAAGCGGGAGUAUUCUCUGACCAAGCCUUACCGUGGGUUGGGCUUCUCUAGUUCCGCACAGUGGGAUCUGAUGGGCACUGCCAUGGUGACGCCUGACCAUGUGAGGCUGACCCCAGACCUGCAGAGUAGGCAGGGAGCCGUGUGGAGUCGAAUUCCUUUGCUCUUGCGGGAUUGGGAGCUAAAGGUGCACUUUAAAAUCCACGGCCUGGGAAGGAAGAAUAUGAAUGGGGACGGACUGGCCAUCUGGUUAACCAGAGAUCGCAUGCAGAAUGGUCCUGUAUUUGGUAACAUGAACCAGUUCACUGGACUUGGUAUAUUUAUGGACACUUACCUCAAUGCGGACAAGACCCACGAUACACAACCUGGAACUCAGAGGACUUUCCCAUAUGUAUCAGUGAUGCUGGGGAAUGGGACUUUGUCAUAUCAACACGAACAAGAUGGACGCCGCACUGAACUUGGAGGGUGCACAACCAUGGUGCGCAAUGCGAUCUUCGACACAUUCCUCCUCAUCAGAUACUCCAAAAACAGACUGACGGUCAUGGUGGAUGCAGAUGGUAAGCAGGAAUGGAAACACUGUGCUGACAUCACAGGACUGCGGCUACCUACAGGAUACUUCUUUGGAGCCUCCUCUGCCACUGGAGACUUAUCAGAUAACCAUGACCUCAUCUCCAUGAAGCUGUACCAGCUGACAGUAGAGAGGACUCCAGAGGAGGAGAAGGAGGUGGAGGAGGAGGAGGAGGUCAUCAUUCCCAGAGUUGACGACAUGGAACAGUUUCAAGUUGUUAUCCAGGAGGAAGGGAUGAGCGGAGUCCAGUUCUUCUUCACCCUCCUCUUCUCCAUCCUGGGCCUGGGUGUGCUGGCAGUGAUAGGACUGGUGCUUUACGGACGCUGGAGAGAAAAGAGACGUAAACGCUUCUAUUGAUCAUGGAGCAAUAAUCCGUGUAGGUUUUCAGUUUGUUGCUUUAUCAACAUGCAUGACAACAAUGCCAAGACUUGCCACAGCUUUACUGAAACCAUACAAUCAAAUGAACAAUGAGUGAACAACCUCGUGGGUCUGAGCCCAGAAACAGGAACAGAAAUUAGCCGAGAUGUACAAGUGAAGAGAUCAUGAACAGGUAAGCCAGCUGUAGAAUAUUCUUUAAAGCUGCUUUCAGACAUGUAAUGAACUCUGGAGAUUCUCUGAAAUUUCUGCGGAGGAGGUGAAUGUGUGAAGGCGAAUGUCCGAGUGAGAGCCCCUGGAGUUUCUGCGGUCUUUCUCCGCCUGGCUCAGAGGAGCUAAUGAAUGAAAACAGCAGGAGAUUCCCCAGGAUUCACUACGAGCAAGUGGGGUUGCUGACCCUUCUGACAUGCAACAGAAGCAAAAAAAACAUAUUAUAAUAAUAACACAAAUAUCUCCGGAUGACAAAACGGUGUUAUACUCGUAGAAGACACAUGUCAAGAGAGAUUUUCUGAUGAGAGCCCAUGUUGACGUGCUGUUAACAAAAACCUGUAACCCCUGCAGCAGAAUGAACAUGUUGCGCCCUGCCUCUGUCUGCUGCUCCACCCCUCACCUGAAUCCUGCAGAGGAUUUGUUGCUGUUGUGAACGUUUCUGAGCAGAGAAUCUCUUGCUGCGUUGUGAAAGGUAACCUCUGGAGAAUGUCCACACCCAAUACUCCGGAGUUCUCCCUGAAAUCAUGUCUGAAAGCAACUUUAAUGUAGUGGAAGACGGACGAGAUAAAGCUGCCCUGGUAAAAAAAAAAGUUCAAAUAUGUUCAUCUCAACUUAAAGCACAGUGGGUUGAAGAAUCCCAUCGCACUAACUGACACACUGUAGAUUUCAGCCGAACAAAAAUGUGAGAAUGGAUUACAAAAUCAGAUGCUGUGUUUACUGUCACCAUUUCACAGGUUUUUUUGGUACAGAAGUGUAGUUACCUCUUACUGCCACUUGGUGCUGCCAGCGUGCAGCUUUAAUCUGAGUCGUAGCUGCUGUGAAGACCAGUCAACCUGUGGAUCACUGCAGAUUCUUGCUGCACCGAAGAAGCUGCACUGAGCUCCUCCAUGCAUUGAGAGCACCUUAUAAAAGCCAGGCAAUGCACUUUGACCAGCUCGUGUGACAAUAGGGUUUAACCCAGCUGUUUUUUUAAAUGUACGACCAAUGACACCUCACAAUAUGUUGUACAUUAAAAGAGCCAUCAGAGUUACCAGUGCUGUUUAAGUGCCUAGCUAGGACCAAUAAACACAAGGUCUUACUUUAUAUUCCAGCAGUUUUUAGUUCCCCCUUAAUUUCAUCUCAGAUGAUUUGGCUUCAGUCACUCUCUAAAGUUACUAACACUUCUUAGCUGCUGUUAUCGCUUGAGCUAAGAAAUACUUGUCACCACUGUCUUUUAGAAAAUCCCUAUCUUUCUCUGUGGCACUGAAUUUUAUCAACUUCUCAUCAAUAGAACUAUUUCAAUAUGAUAUGAACUAAUUCAUUAAUUACGAUGCUUUAGAAUUUAAAUCUGGAAUGCACUGUGAAUUUGAUAGCCAUAUGCAGGAUCAUGUUGUUGUGUUAGAGUAAAGUGAAUAUGAAUGCUGUUUAGUGUCUAGAGGUGUAACCUGUGAUUUAUCUGUUCAAAUGAUGCAAUACAAGCUAGUGCCUUACACUUAGUGUCCAGUGGCUGCAGCACUGUCACACUGCAGCUCCCUCACAACUGCUGUACAGACAAAUGAGUGAGCUGGUUACUGUGAUCUGUUUCGUCACUGUUGUGUAAAUGAGGAGCUUUGUUUCUGUAAUCAGGGCGGAGCAUCAGGUCAACUGCAGACAGGCCAAGUGACAGUGGAGCAGCCACGUAAGAGGACACAUCUUUACAGAUCAACGUGUCCACACAUUUAUAAAUCCAUUGAAAGUCCGACUGAAGUCAAACUAAUGGACAAUAUCAUCUAGAGGUCAAAUCAGUCCCAUUUGCUGAACAUUUGACUUUUUGUAAAAUGCAGACUCUUAAAAAAGUCCUGUAUCAUUACUACACACUAAGCCUUGUGUGUCUUUGUCUUUGCUUCUAGAGUGAAACUAGUUUUCUGAAGCCCAAGAGGGAAGACUACCGUUUUUCAGAUUUCCCUGGAGAUCUAGAGAAGGGACAGGGUGCUACCUAAAGUCAUCACAAUUAGUAAAGUACAGCCAAAAGAAUCAUAAAUAUCUGUGUCAUUAACAGGCUGCAAUGUGUAGAUUUUAACAAAAACCCAAACCAACACUGGUAAUGUUGUGUGGACAUACAGAGAGGUGACACAGCCACAUCCACUGGACACGUUCCAAACAGGCCUUUUUCACAGCAGCCAUUUUGACUUACAGCAGGUAAAGUUCAGGAGUUACUGAACAGACAGCGGCUCUGUUAAAAGCAUGACAGUGUGACACUGUGGCAACAUGCACAAUACCAGGACCCUGACACUGAAGCAGCUAAAUGGAAUUCAGGCAUCAUUCAUUUUGCUUUCCUGCUAUGACAUGUCGAAGUGUCUGCCAUGAAAACAGCCUGUGUACAGUCGGAGCCUGGAGUCACUUCAGACCUGGAGCCUCAGUCAGAGAUGACGUGUGGGCUGCAGAGGUCUUAGCUCACUUCUGUCUGACUCCACAACCUCCGAUUUAUUUACAGACCUGGAGCCUUCAAGCUCAACUGUCACUUACAUCGCUUGAGGCAAUUCAUUGUAAUGUGUUAAAGGAGACGUUUUGUGUGUUUACCUGGGGGGGGCGGGGGGGCUUGAAGAGACAGGAGCUAAAACCAGACAGAAGCUGAAAAGAGGACCUGCAAUAACUGACGGUAGGAGUAAAGUGAACAUUAGAGCAUGUAAACCUUUUCAAAUCAAAAUCAUGAACCUGAACAUGAGCACAAUAUGUCUCCUUUAAAUCUGCAAUUUCCUCCUAAAAAAUAGAAAAUGUGUCCUGCUGCAGAAUUACUUGAACAUCAGCUUUAUGGGUUUUCAUUUUUGUAUAUGAGUCGUUGUGGUGUUAGUCAUGGUUGAGUCACAGGAUGAUGCAGAUUUCACUUUAAGGCAAACCGAGUCCGGUAACAGUUCCUGUGUUAUAAGCUAAAAGAUACAUCAACACUUCUCCAUCAGUGUUGUGUGAUUCUUCUAAACAAAAUGAUCAUGUUCACUUGGAGCAGGAUAAAAAAAAAACUGAAGAAGAAAGUGCAAAACUACUGUCGAGUGUGAAAACCUCCCUGGAAUUGCAAAUGCACUUAUAAAUCUAAAGUUCACUCAACAGGUUAAAACAGAGCACAACAGUCACUGAUGUUACUGACUGACAUUAGCACUUAAUGCAGAUAGAAGGAGGCAGCUGAAUAGCAGCGCUGCUUAGUGAAGCUUUCAAAUAAAGCAACUUCUUAUUUACAGCAGCAUGUUUGUAAGAGUGUUAACAUGUAGGGAGAUUUCCAUGUGCUUGUGUAGAAAGGAGGGAGGAAAUGCUGCAGGACUCCAGCUGAGCGGGCAGCUUCUCUUUAUUGAGGCAGGUAGAUGCACAAAAAACAAGAUCCCUCAGGUCCGGCUGAUUAAUGAAUAAUGUAGAUAAUCAUUUGGGAGAAAUGAAGGCACUCCAUCUUCAGGUGAAUUUUUGUUAUGAAUCUAUUCUUCAAUUAAAAUGAUUAUUCAUUCUUCAGGGACCCUGAUGAAGAGUUGGUACAUGCUGGUCUGACAGUCUAUGUGCUUGAAGAAUGCAGAGCCUUUUUUCCCUCUGUGACCUUCUGCUUUAUUCAACACCCAGCAACACUUCUGGGAUCUUGUUUGUUGUAUUAUUUGUUCUUGCAUGUGUCAUUGUGGUUCCUGUUGUUUGCUGUUUGAAAGCAUAUCAAUCAGUAGCUAAUGUCAUGUUCAUGCUCAGAGUUAAAACUCCACUACCUGCCUCCUGAAGCUCUGCAGACUGUUAUUUCACUUUUCCUCUAAUUGUCUGUGUAGGUUUUUUUAAUUCUCUUAUGAAUGUCAAGCUGUUUGUCCCAAUGAUUUCAUUCAUGAGCCAACAUUGUGGCAAACGGCUCUAAUUUUUUAAAUAGUAAUGUUCAGCAAAUCCUUCUAAUUUGUAAAAUCAAAACAUUUGUUUUAGACAAAAUGUAAGUGAAGAUCAUUCGUUCUUCUUGCUCUUGUGUUUGAUUUUUUUUCAGUAAAAGUUUCUAUGUGAUUUA